UGAGGCAGCCAACAAGAUGGCCCAGAAAAAGACAAGUCUUGUAGAAACAAUAGAGAAUCUUUUAGCUACUAUUCAAGUGGCGGAGAAUGAGGAGCUGCUCUUUACUUACAAAGGAGUGCUGUAUCCAAAACUUGUUUGUAGUCCUGGGACCUUUGAAGCAUUGGAAGCCAUGGAAGCUAGAAAGGAUGAUAGGCUGAUUGUGGCUUAUCCAAAAUGCGGUACUAACUGGGUGCUCCAAAUGGUCAAUGACAUUGUAGCUGCAACCCCAAGUUACAAGGACUUACCACCACUAGAAAACUUACAAAUGCUUGAAUUUGGACUGCCCACAAAAGUUCAGGACAUGAACAAGCAGCCUUCUCCACGUAUUUUUUCUACACAUUUUCAUUAUGAUAAUAUUCCCAAAUCUUUUUUUGAGAAUAAGGUGAAGAUGUUGGUAGUAUUCCGAAACCCCAAAGAUGCCGCUGUAUCCUAUUACCAUUUUUACAACAAAAACCCUGUUCUUCCAGAUGUUAGUUCUUGGGAUGAUUUUUUUCAAAUGUUCAUGAGUGGCGAAGUUUGUUGGAAAUCCUACUUUGACCAUGCUCUUGCUUGGGACAAACAUAUGGAUGACGAAAAUGUCAUGAUCAUCACAUUUGAAGAGCUGAAAGAAAAUCUUCACGAAGGAGUGAAGCGAAUAGCUGAAUUUUAUGAAUUACCUCUGUCUGAUGAAAUGAUUAAGUCUGUUGCAGAGAGCUCUACCUUCCAAGCAAUGAGCAGCAAAUCUGAAGAAACACAUGGUCUGUUUGCUCCUCUCAUUUUCAGGAAAGGUGCUGUGGGUGAUUGGAAGACUUUAUUCACUGAGGCUCAGAGCCGGGAAAUGGAUGCAAAAUUUGAAGAGUGCUUAGCAGGAACUAAACUGGGUGCAAAGCUAAAAUAUGACCAAUACUGUAAAUUUUAAACCUUGGAUUUGGAGGUUAUUAUCUGAAGCCUUUUGAUUAAGAAUAAAAUAAUGUUUAAGUGCUGGAGACAUUUAUGAACAGAAAAUAAAUAAAAUGUUCUCAGUCUUUCUUGCUUU